GGCCUGGGGCGCCUCCCCAGCGCCGCCCCGCCCCGCCCGCCGCCCGAGGUCGGCCCCGCCGCGCCCGCGGGGGGCGGAGUGCAAGCCCGUCGGGAGGCCGCUCUGGACUCUGCAACCCUUGCGUGUGUGCGCCCUGCUUCCCGCGGGCCGCUCAGCGCUCCUUCGCCCGUCCAUGGAAGAGGGCAGAUCCCCAUCGCCGGGGGAAGACCUGGAGCUCUUGACGCUCGGGGGGCAGCCCGAGGAGCAGAAGCCUUUCAAUGGAACCGUCCAGGUUAUCCCUCUUUCGGUCGAGGAGGAGCCCCUCCCCGCCCAGGCGAACAAAGAGAACCCUUGGAGCUCCUGUAAUAAGAAAUUGGUUGGAAAGUGCAAGCUGUGGAUGGUCAUCGCCUCGGUUUUCCUAGGUCUGGUUGUAAUCAUCAUCGUAAGCUUAUGUCUUAUUGGAGUAACUUACAUCGAUGAAGAUGCAAAUGAAAUACUUGAGUUGUCGUCAAACAAAACCUUCUUGGUCAUGCUGAAGGUUCCAGAGGAGUGCAUUACGGAGAAGGAACUGCCUCACCUGCUCACGGAAAGGCUCACAUACGUGUACACUUCGUCCCCGUCGCUGAGUCGUUAUUUUACUUCAGUGGAAAUGACGGACUUCAGCGGUGAAAAUGCCACCAUAGCCUACGAGCUGCGGUUCGGGGUUCCUUCAGAAGACGACGGUUUUAUGAGGUACAUGAUGAGUGAGGAGUUGGUGCGGGGCGUGUUACUACAGCAUCUGCACGAGCAGGGAGUGUCUGGCUGUGAGGCUGUGGGACGGGACCCAGCGUCCCUCUGGCUGUACGAAUGAAGGGGAGGCUGUCAGUCUGUAUCUGAAGGCAGCAUUCCACCGAGUUUGGGGAUGAGAGAAUUCACUUUGUUUUCCAGAGAAGAUCCUUCAAAUUACCAUGGAAGGCCUGGCGAUGCCCGAAGGGGUGGAGACGGUCCUUCUUCUCCUGAUUCUGCAUUUAUGAAGUCUGGGCUCUGUGUCCAGCAGAACAGCCCCUGUGAGCUACCCCCGCAGGGUCUGGUCUUGGCAAAGGCAGGAAGCCAGAUGGAGCGAGGGGGACGGGGUAGGUGGGUGGCCCCUGCUAUUCUUGGAGCACCAGUUGCCUCCACCCACAGGUGCACGCUUUCUCUUUCGUGCAAAGGUGACCUUUCAGGCGGGAUCCCGUCAGCCUGUGCUGGUGGAAAGAGCGGGCAGGCUGGAGGCGAGGGGCAACUGAGCCAACUGCUCGCUGAAGUCCUCCUCCCACCCCCCCACUGCCGUCGUGUACUUGAUCAACCUCUUCGCAAGACUGCGGGGAGGGCACUUUACCGGACCAAAGCGGCAAAGUCCUGGCUCCAGUCCCAUGAGCUGCAGGGGCCUGUCUUCGCAGACCAGCCCCAGCGUGUCACGCGGCGUUACCGGGUCGUGCAGCUACCGGAGAGGACGCGUGCUUCUUGUUGCGCAUCUCCUCCUUGCUCCGGGGACUCCUGAACACGCUUCGGAAACGUGGGUCCCUGUGUGUGUUGAGUUUUGAACACAGCUGCUGUCUUUUGGGAUGGUCUUUGCACUUAACAGUGUCUCAGAUUCCAUGAGAGGACCAUUAAGGCUGCUAGCCACGCACGCUGGCCCGUGCGGCUAGCCUUCCUCUAAAACCCCGUGUCUUCAGCCAUUGAUUGUGUAUCUUAUCGAAGAGGGUUCGAAACAGGAAGAACCACUCUCUGUUUGAAAUAAACUGUUGGGGGCUUGAUGCCAGUUCAUUAGCAGGCUGGGUGGAAUGUCAGCGACUAGCGCUGACAUCUGGGGACGCAGAAUUGCCUAGCAUGAGGAGACAGAGGGUUGUUUUGUUGGGAAAAUUGUUUUGCUGGAAAGUUUCCGAGAGAGAGUGUUGUGGGCCUAUCACGAGCAUUUCUUAGCCCCGGGGCCGCAGUUAGAUGGGCUGUGGGUGGACAUCAGUAUGAGCGGCUGCUGUGCCUGGUGAUGUGCCCCAGUGUGAGUCUCGAGCCAGAUUUGCCAUGGCCUUUUUGUGAUCCAGGACUCCGGGUAACGUGAAUUUGCUUUCUUAUUUAACUAGAGGAUACGUUUAUGUAACCUGGUGUCUCAUUUUGAGGCCAGUUCCUCAAACUAGCCGAAUAAGUGCAUUUCCUUUCUUCCUCUUUAUUUUUUACAUGUCAAAUGUAGAGUGUAGUGUGUGUGUACUUUUUAGAAUGCAAGGAAUAAAUUUCACGGGGAAGAUUUAAAACUGUUCACAAUAAAUUAUGUUUGUGGGGACAUUGCCACAGUCACAUUCUUUCGCGGGUGUUGCGUCUCCGGGGCCAU